AUGUCUGACGUCUGGGAAAGACGUUCCUCCACGGGGGAUGACGAGUGGGAUAAGCCCGACAGCCACAGCCUGCAGAAAGGCGACGCCGAUGGUUGGACCACCCCUCUGCAAGCUAAAGGCGACGACGAUGGUUGGGGCACCCCUCCGGAAGGUGACAGCAACCGCGAGAACAUGGAUCCUCACUCUACCGAGUUUGGGGAUGAGCCUUCUCCCACCCCAGGCGAGGGUGGAGACUUCGCGUGCCGCAAGUGUGGCGAGACUGGCCAUUUCGCUCGCCAGUGCCCGAAUGCCGAGGCCCAAAAGUGCUUCAACUGUGAUGAGCCAGGACAUAGCAAGGCAGAUUGCCCCAACCCUCCGAAGCCCCGCGCUUGCUUCAACUGUGGCGGAGAAGGACACAGUAAGGCCGAAUGCCCCAACCCUGCGAAGCCCCGGGCUUGCUUCAACUGCGGCGAAGAAGGACACAGCAAGGCCGAAUGCCCCAACCCGCGUGUCUUCAAGGGAGCCUGCCGUAUCUGCUCGCAGGAAGGCCACCCAGCCUCUGCUUGCCCCGAGAAGCCAGCCGACAUCUGCAAGAAUUGCCGCCAGGAAGGCCACCUCGCUAAGGAUUGCAAGGAGAACCGCAAGUUUGACCUGGGUCACAUUGCCGACCGCCUCCCGGAGGAGGCUUGGGCCAUGAUGAAGAAAGCGAGCGACGAGAAAGAUAUGGAUGACUUCCGCGAGGCUAUCCAAAUCUACACCAAGGCCGUCCCGGAGGCUACCUACGUGGACAUCGAAAAGAAGAUGCGCUCGGAGGAGUUCAAAACCCACCUCAUUGCUCUGACGAAGGAUCGCGAGGACAUCAUCAGCCUCAUUGACCUCCAGGGUCAGCUCGACCGUGAAUACGUUGUCGGUUACUUCUUCUCCGACAAGCCACAGCGUGCCAACCAUGAGGAGCGUUGGCCUAGUGAUGCCGAGGACAAUCUCGAGCGGUUGGCCAAUGCUGGGCUGCCGUAUGAUCGUCAGGUGAUCAAGUGCCGAAACUGCGGAGAACUGGGUCAUGGUUCCCGCGCUUGCAAGGAGGACCGUGUCGAGAUUGAGAAAACCGAGGUCAAGUGCAACAACUGCGGCACUGUCGGUCAUCGUGUUCGAGACUGCACCGAGAAGCGCCAGAGCAAGUACGGAUGCCGCAACUGCGGAGCUGAGGGACACGAUGCUCGUGACUGCCCCGAGCCACGCUCUGCAGGCGAUGUUGAGUGCCGUCGCUGCAAUGAAGUCGGCCACUUUGCGAAGGAUUGCCCCAACCAGACUGAGCGACCCCCUCGUACCUGCCGGAACUGCGGAUCUGAGGACCACAUUGCGCGUGAAUGUGAUCAGCCUCCCAACCCCGACCUCAUGGUUUGCCGUAACUGCGAGAAGACUGGACAUGCUGCUCGCGGCUGCCCCGAGCCCAAGGACUGGUCGAAGGUCAAGUGCAACCGUUGCGGAGAAAUGGGUCACACCGUGAAGCGCUGCCCCCAGCCUGAAGAGACUGAAGAUACUGGAUUCGGUAGAGCCGAUGCUGAGGAGGCAUCCUGGGGACAGGCUGAUGCUGGUGGCCAGGGUGACGACGUCGAGACCGUGCGCCAGGGCAUCGAGGAAUCUGCCAUCGCGGAAAACUCCUUCUGGUAA